AUGGGCAUUUUCAAGAAAAACAAGAAGCCAUGGGGCUAUAGCUGGCGUUCUUCCUCAACUUUCACUGUUACGUGCAUCAUCACAGCACUGUUUGCAGAAACUUUCACUCACGGUUUCGUGGUACCGAUUCUCCCGUACAUCCUAGAGAAACGCAAUAAUGUCGACCCUUCACAUACCCAACAGUUGACUUAUCUUAUUCUCACCACAUAUGGCGCAGCGGCAGUGGCAUCAGGUCCUGUCGUCGGGCAAUUGACGGAUCGACUUAAAUACCCCAAAAUCAUUCUAGCGAUUGGGCUGGGAAUCACAUUCAUGGGGACAGCUAUUCUUGCAACAUCCACAAACCGUCGGAUCUUGCAAGCCAUUGGCAGCACUGUAUCACAGGUCGUUGGGCACGCAACGCUCAACGAUAUAAUUAAGCCUAAGAACAUGGGUAUGAUAUCGACGCUUGUUACCACUUUUAUCAGUGUCGGCGCCUUCUCCGGUCCAGCAGUCUCGGGUUUUAUGCUCGAAUUCUUUGGAUACUGGAGAACUUGGAUGAUAGUGUUCGUGGUUCUUUCGCUGGAUAUAUUGCUGCGGCUUUUAAUGAUUGAGCACCCAAAGAUCAAAGAUAAACGCGCCAAAGUUGGCGAUGAGGAGAGCAGAAAUGCCAACGUACCGUCCGGGGGAGUAAGUGAAUAUAGUGCUCUCCUCCCCAGCACCUCUGCCAAACCGUACGGUUUCGCAAAGGGGGUCAGCGAUUUGAAGGAAGGCUGUGCGUCCAUGUUUUCAUUCUACUGGAUGAUUCUCAGCCAGCCGAUGAUUAUCAUCGGGUUUGUGUCUUAUAUGACUCGUUCCUCCCUGAUGGCUAGUUUCAACACCACACUCCCCACUCAUGUGCGAGAUGCUUUUGGAUGGGGUAGUUUUCCUGCUGGUGUGAUGUUUGUCGGGCUACAAGCACCGGCCAUUAUCCUUGACCCACUGUGCGGAUGGAUCCGGAGAAGAGGGGGUGACAAACUCCUUACCGGGCUGGGCUUUAUUCUGCUGGGCCCUCUACUUUGGCUUCUUGGUGCAGUGGACCAAAAGCAGUUCCCAUGGUCUGAUUCCAAGGACAUGACUAAGGUUGUAUAUGUGAUCAUCAUUAUCUGCAUAGGAUGCGUCCAAAAUCUCCCAACUAGUGUUGGAGCAGCGGAGAUAACUGCCGUGAUUGAAAGACUUGAAACAGAGGUUCCUGGAAUAUUUGGUCCCAAGGGAGGGCACUCGCGAGGCCAAUCGCUUUCCAAUGGGUGUUUCAAUGUAGGCCAGUUCAUAGGGCCGCUUUUGUCAGGUUCUCUGGCAGAUAACUUGGGGUGGCAUUUGCUUUGUUACAUCCGUGCUAACGAUUAUCUUUAUGAGGGGUAA